ACCACGAACAAUGUCACCAUCAAAAGAGAAUACUUCAAAUAUUUGCGCCUUAUUUAGAACUACAAAUAGAACCGUGUGAAAUUAUCAGUCAGAUGGGUGCUUCAGGUCUUAUCAAUGUCGAAGAUAUAGAUGAAAUAAUGCAAGGGCUGGACAUAAUGUGGGACCUCGAAAUCAACCGUACCUGAGAUACUAGUUGAGGUUAAUUAUUACUCUUCCAAAUCCAGAUUAACAUAUUCCAACUGCAAAAUAAUUCAUUCCAGCUUUUUAUUUUCAAAUCUCAAGUGUUCAAUUUCAUAUCUAAAGAAGACUAUUCAAACUUGUUGUUGUCAAAUCCGCAUUCCAGGUUUCUAUUCUCAAACCCAAAAUGUUUACUUUCAUAUUACAUACUAGUAUUCAAAUUAACAAUUGUCAAAUCGAAAGUGUUCACUUUCAUAUUGAAAGUGGGUCGUUCCAUUUUGUCGCGGUCAAAUCUAAUUCAGCCUAUUCAAAAUUUAUGUAAAUAGCAUGCCCAUUGUGAACAUGUAAAUUAACACGCUCGUCAUUUCAAAACUCAUCAGGGGCACACCAAGCUUGUUUGUUAUAACGUACACAGCACAACUCGGACACAGAACGCUACGUAAAAGUCAAAACGGUUUUUCCCUUCUUGAUACAUUAGUUUAUUUUUCAAAUGUGAGGCAUGUCAAAGAAAUCAAGGAGCUGUCGGUGCCACAAUGCUCUUACUGGAUCGAAUGCAACGUCGCCAAGCUCCCUCGAAAUGGUACAUGGAUUUCCUAAAAAUUUUGUAUCAGAAAGGAUACAAAGACAUUGUCAAGGAAAUGGAACCCGAUUUUACUCUUGAUUGUGAAGUACUUAAAACACCAAACAUUCAUAUCACAGACAACACUGCUUCUGAUAUCUCCACAGACGAGCAUGAUUGUGUUUUAGAAGAAAAGAUUCAGUCUAAAGUCAUGAAUCUGAAAUCCGAAAUAAUAUUAAUUCUAAACAUGAAAAAAUUGGCAGCCAGACUUUGUCAGCUGUUAGAUUUUGAAAAAGUAUGUAAUCUUAUUGAGAUAAGUAGCAGAUCUCAGAAAGAGUCCAUUGAAAAGAUGCUUGAGGAGAUAUCCCGUCUGAGUAGCAGAACGAAAUGGAGACAGUUUAUAAAUUGCCUGAGGGAAUCAGACUACACGCACUUGGCAGACAUUUUAUCCCGGCCCAUGACUGGCACGAUGCAAUGCAAAGAGAGUAAAUUGGUUAGGUUAUUUGUGCCAACGUUAGGACAACAACUCGAUCCUGCUGAACUCAUAUCAUAUUUAGAACAAGAAAGUGUGAUAAAUCAUCAUGAUAAGGAGAAAGUUAUUUGUACACUUCGUCAGUCUGGAAGUGUUGCAGCAUCAGUGGUACUUCUAGACUGCAUGCAGUGCAGGGUCGCUCCGCAUAUAUGGUUCAGAGCAUUUGUUGCUGCACUUGUUAAUUGUGGAAGAGAAGAUCUUGCUCAAACGAUUGAUCCCGAUUUCAACAAAAUGGAUAGUGUUUCAGGACACUCUAAGAGAACUGAUGGUGAGAGCAGUUCGUACGAAACUUACUAUUUGUCAACAGAACUUGACGAUGCACAUAGCCAUAUCUACAAUUUAGAAAAAGCAGCUAUGGACGAACUUGGUAUUAUUCAAGAGCAUUUUGACGCCAUGAAAAGCAAACUGAAGGAACAGAUAGAGAACAAAACUUCUCUCUUGGUGAAAACAUUACAAGAUGUCGACAAAGAUCUGCGAGAUUUGCGCUGUAAUGCUGCGUUUUUCGGCAGAAAUGAAGACAACAACCGUCUAGAAAUUGAAGAAAAACUUAGAGAUGUAAUUUCUACAAAUUACAUUCUGCGCCCUAUAAAAACGUUCAUGGACUUGAAAGUCUUGGGUGUCUUUCAACACCAGAGACAUUCUUUUCAUAGACAAGAUUCUUUUGACACACCGGGAAUUGUUGCAAGUAGAUAUAGCAAGAAUAAGAAGCACAAGUUAUUUGUUUUACGUAAGAUAGAGCAAUCUGUGGGCUCGUCAAGUUCGAGCCAGUCAUCUGGAUACUUGUUUGUUGAGAGGUCUACAUCAUUAUCUAGCACGGGCUCAACGUGUGACUCAAAUGUAAGAGUAAAUAAGCAAAAUACCAAAUUUUCCGAAACGGAAGAAAGCCGCACUAUAAAUGUUAACCCUAAUAAGAGGUUUAAGCAAUCUGUUUUUCAUGCAGUGCCUGAACACGGAGAGCUGAAGCCUUUGAUUGGUACUGAUGAGAACGAUCCUAAUUCCUGUAUGAUCUCACCAGCAGUUUUCUCCACUUCAACGUCGGAUUUGCCAGAGUCUUCAUCUGGCAUUGGAUCUACAAAUAUAACAUAUACUGAGACCAAUAAAAGCUUAAGAGUGGAACGUGAAAUAAAUAUUGACGGAACAGUACGAAAUCUGUCGGUGUGCCUGAACAGGGGUAUGAGUGGCAAUAUUUCUGAAGCCAAAUCUUGGCCAGAUUUACGGUCUCCAUGCAACACAAUGUCUAAAUCGAAAAUAUUUGUUAAAUCUAAUGAAAACCAAGAAGAGGGAUGUGACCAUUUACUACCUCAUUCAUGUCUGCGAGAAGUGAAAAUUCACAAAUCGACUUUCUAUAAUAAUGGCCACAGUGCUUCUGAUUCUUUCACAGACGUAUCUGAUUUAUUACCACUACCUUCCUCAGGGACUACUGAUACAACAACUUCUGAAACAGCAGGUAGAACCAGUUUGGACGAAGAAAUAAAUUUAAUCAAUUAUUCUUCGGUAAAUUCAGUAAACGAGGAUCAGGAAUCGAUCAGCUCAGGGAGUGAUGGCACGUCAGUAUCAACCGAAACAUAUACCGAUAAUACAGUCAGUUCGUUCUUAGACUCUCGCGUGCCUGAUACGGUUGAAGGUGUCAGUCAUGAUUUAGACUGUUCCUCACGCACCACUGUUCAGAUUGCAACAGCAAAGAGAAAUCUUUUUGAGCGUUUUCUAUGUUAUAUAUGUAUAAGAGGUAAAAAGAAAAAAUCUUCGGAGAAGGUUUUUAGCUCAUCUGUAUGCUUUUAAGAUCGUUUGGUGUUUGUCAUCCAUCGUCGCCGACAAACGGUUUGUUUUAUUCUGUAGCAUCUUCAUAUCUGAAGCAAUCAAGUUAAAUAUUUUGGGCCAGAUUAGAACAUUAGGUCAUGAGGUUAAGGGUGUAGAUAGGCUUAGAGUAAUAUGCCCUUUAAUUACCAAAUUGCCACAUUUUCUCUAUGUUAGUACUCCUUCCCAGCUAUUUCGUAACCAUUCCCAAUCAUUUUAUCCCAAAAUAUAAUGCGUAUACCUGAAAGAUCUCGUUCAGUUUCGAGUAUAGAACAAGAUCAGCGAUCCUGAUGGAGUUAUAUCUAAAAUGUUAUAUUCUAUGACGGACCUUUACACCCGUGCACCUUCAUUCCAAAUGAAUCUAAGACGAAAUAUUUACACCUGCUAGAUCCUAGUCAAUUCUGAUAUUGGGGCCUCCGUGGCCGAGUGGUUAAGGUCGCUGACUUUAAAUCACUUGCCCCUCAUCGAUGUGGGUUCGAGCCACACUCGGGGCGUUGAAUUCUUCAUGUGAGGAAGCCAUCCAGCUGGCUUACGGAAGGUCGGUGGUUCUACCCAGGUGCCCGCUCGUGUUGAAAUAAUGCACGGAGGGGCACAUGAGGUCUUCCUCCACCAUUUAAAAACUGGAAAGUCGCCAUGUCGGUGCGACGUUAAAUCCAACAAAACAAAACAAACAAACAAUUCUGAUUUUAGGUCAGGUUUGAAAAGAUGGCCUGUAGUUAGGGACACUUGAUUUACUUACCUUAUGGCACCUGUAUUUUACAGGAUAUUUACAGCUGCACAAUUUUAGUCAUAUUUUAUAUUGUGUCAGACUGGAAGAAAUGAUCUUUUGUUUUGUACCAUUGAUUUACCUUACGCUAUAGCACAUGCAUUCCAAGUGAUAUUAAGAAAGGAUCUUAGUCAUAUUUGAUGUUGAGUCAGAUUUGAAGAAAUGGUCUUUAGUUAUGUACCAUUGAUUUACCUUACCUUUUGCACCAGUCGGAUUUGAAGAGCUGUCUGUACUUAGGUCACUGAUUUAUCAGAGAUAACACUUUCUUCACCAAUCCUAAUCGUAUUUAAAUAGAACGUGCCAUUAAUUUAGCAAACACUUUGUACUCUGAAGACACGUAUCUGCUUAAUGCUGAUCUUUUAUUUUAGAUGAUGUAUGUGGUCAGUAUGUAGUCAGCGCCAAGCUGGACACUUUGAAAGGUCAAACUGUUUAUUGAGCAGUAAUGUGGUCUUGAUUUGGCUGUUUAACUUAUUGGGUUAUAACUCCUAUAUAUACUAAAUGUGGUAGGCGAAUUCUUGUCUGGAUGUUAUAGUGUGGUGUCUUUAAGCUGGGUCUCUGUGAUAUUGACCUUCAACUUGUUAUUAGGGGCAAUGACUUUCAAGGUGCGGU